UUCAAUCAAUCAAUCUAAAGCCGAAGUUGAGUUUUUGUUUGUAGAUUGUCAUCUGCAAUUUUUUUGGAAAACUGUGUGAUUUUCUUGAAAAACUAUGGAAGGUGUCAAAGUAAUAACUCCGGACUACGUGAAUGUGCAGAUCACGAAGUCUGAUAGUGAGGACCAGCCCGUAGAAAGAAGAUUCAAAAAAGGAAUCACCGUGCUCGAAUUCAAGACAAAAUUAGAGCUUGUCACUGGAGGCUCAGCGUCCACGAUGAAACUAAAGUUAUAUGACUCUAAGAACAACUACAAAUGUGACAUAGACAAUGAUAAUGCACUUCUGGGUUCAUACCCCAUUGAUGAUGGCAUGCGAAUACACGUUAUUGAUAAGUUCACUUUGCUCAAGGACUUUGGUACUUCCGAUAGUGCUGAAAGAUUCAGGCUAUCAGAAGAAGAGUAUGAGAAGAAAGGAGAUACACUCCGGUCAUUUUUGCAGCGCAACAGGCUUGGCAAGUACAAUGAGGAGGAGAUGAACAAACUUAAGGAAGAGCAGCAGAAAGAACUUGAAGAGGAGGCUAGGCUAGCAGAAGCUGUUUUAGUAGGUACUCGCUGUGAGGUACGAGUACCACAGCAGCCGGUGCGGCGUGCCACCGUCCGCUACAACGGGCCCCUCGAGGGCGCUAAAGGCUUGUGGAUCGGAGUGCAGUACGACGAGCCGCUUGGCAAGAACGAUGGGUCGGUAAACGGCAAACGUUACUUUAUCUGCCCUCCGAAGUACGGAGGCUUCGUAAAACCGGUGUACGUGACUGUGGGAGACUUUCCUGAGGAACCCUGUGAUCUUGAUGACGAGAUAUGAUUACACGAAUUUUAUAAGACGCAUCUGCCGUCUCAAACGCUUCAGCGAUUUCAUAGAAACAACAGAUGGUUGUACAUAGGAAUAUUAUUAUUUUACUUUUUGAAUAUGUAUGCCAUAAAGACACUGAGAUUAUAUAUGCAAAAUGCUUUUAUUAACGUACACGACAUUUGCAAAUUAAUCUUCUGUGAAAUCGUAAAGCUCUUCUGGAUGUUGUAUUAGUAUGCUGAGUUUUGAAGCUUGCAGGCAGGCUGAAUAUUUUAUUAAGUUUAGAGCUAUAUUAUUGUACCUAGUUCAACUAGAAAAGACCCAGCACAUAUUGGGUUCAAGACUGAAUGCUUCGUAAAUAAACAAAAUGACCAUUGUUAUCAUAGAAAACAAUGGUGGUGUGUGUGCAGUAGUUAUCGUGUUAAUUAAUAAGGUCGGUUACAUGAUUGCAUUUAAUAACUAAUUAGAUAUACAAGCAAAAUAUCCUAUUAACAAUACAAUAACUAAUUGUUAUAAUCAUGUUUGUAUGGCUAAAACCAUGGUACUGUAUUUUAUGAGCUUUAUUUAUACUUGAACCUCCAGGAUGUAUUUUGUUACGCGUCGUGCUAUAUCACGCUUACGUCGUAAUCAUAUUUUAAUGCAAUUCCUGUGUGAUAUAUUAUGUUUAUUGUCUAUGUUUCUAUAGGAUUUUAUAAAUAACAAAUCUUAAUCAUGGCGUUGUAAAAAUUGGAGACAAGUGUCACAUUCCAGUUUAAUUUACGUUAAUACUCGAAUUUUACACCAUUACGUGUA